AAUAAAUAAAAUAGCAGAGAAACUAUAAAUGUGCGUACAGCUGGAAAGGAUAUGAAUGACUGUAUAAGGCCAGCCCGGGGACACGGCCAUCGCAAUGACGGAAAAGUCGGAGAAUGCCUCGAAUGUGGAGAGUUCUCAAUUGGAACAGUCGGGGGAACAGUCUUCCCCCAGUGGUCCUUCUUCGCAGAUCAUGGUAAAAUCCGAGAAGUUUGAUGCCGAGGUUGAGGCCAAGCUGAGAGCCUUGAAUGCGAAGAGUAAGUCGGAACAGAAGCAAAGGCAUAGCCAUGGCCAGCAGGAUGACGACACGGAAGACGAUGACGAAGACUGUGAUGGCGAUGGCUCCUCUGUGGAUGAUAAAAAGGCCAUUGUGCCGGUGAAGUCGUCCAACGAAAUACUCGCAGAACUCUUUGGCGUUUUCAAUGCAGCACCUCCCGCGGAGCUGCUCGAUGACAAAAAUCUUCUCAAGCUCAAGCACAAAAAGGUCAAAAAGGAGAAGAAAAAAAAGAAGAAGACGUCCAAAUCGGAUGGCGAGUGUUCGGAAUCGGAUGCGGAAGGCAAGCAUAAGCACAGGCGGAAAAAGCAUAAGCAUAAACACAAGGACACCAAGGAAAAGGAUCGCGACAAGGCCAAGGAGAAGCAAGCUGCUGCUCAUGCUCCUGUUGUUUCUGUGGUUUCUGCCUGUCUCAAGGAGAAAGAGAAACCUGAGACUAAGAAACGAGCCUCGGAGAGAAACAAGCAUGCGGAAGUCCUGCAACCAAAGAGGGAGAAGCGGGAGCGAGAGCGUGACCGCAGCCACAAUAGCUUCUAUAAUGGCUACAGGGAUGGCGAACGAGCCAGCGAGAGGCCCAGCGAAAGACCUAGCAACAAGGCUCGUGAAAUGUCCGAUGUCUCGCUCUCCGACGAGGAAUCAUAUCUCCGCGAGAAGGCCUCCAACGGACGCCGACGACCUCAGAACAGCUUCUACGAUGUGAAAGAAGAGCCCAAGGAGGAGCUCCCCCAGCUGCACCACGGUAAGCGCAAUGCUUGGGACUCCGGCACGAGGCGGCCACGUCGGUCACGGUCCCGGUCUCGAUCCCGACCUCGAGAUCUGGGCAUUGACAAGAAGCGGCUUCUGGAGGUGGCGCGCAAGAAUGCAAUCCACAUGUUCAAGCGGGGAAAUCUGCCGGGAGUGGCCGAUAUGACGCCCGAGGUGAAGGACAAGGUCUUGAUCAAGAUGCGUUAUGGGGGACGUACCGUCCAGGAUCUGACGGACUUUUGCAAGAAGAUCUCCAGCGGCGAUGCGUUAUCCGAUCUCAGCUCCGACGAGGAGUCCGAUACGGAUAAGAAUGGGAAUGCCAAGGCCUUCCACCACCCCUUUCAGCUCAAAGAGCGGGAACCGAUUGUGAUGCACAUCCGCAACUCGACGCCGAUACUGCCGCGGAGGGAGGAUCAAACCAAGGCCAUAACCAUGCAGUUUCCGGUGUCUUCUGGGCAGGAGCAUCGCAAAACCGAGACCUGGGUGCCUGUGGGGCGUAAGGAUUCGUUGACCCCACUACCAUCGCUACCGCCUGCCAAACAAUCUACGAAUAUCUUUCAGGACAUACAGAAGAAUGUGUUUGCCAAAUCCAUACCGCAAUUGGAGAAGCAAGAGCCCGCCUUUAAGUCGAUAGGUGCAACAGCAUUGGAAGCGUCUACGUCUACGUCUACGUCUACACCUUCACCUGUGACCGGACCUGCACCCGUUCCCGCACCGGUUCCUCCGCCUCGUCCAGAGCCAGUUCCAGCUCCAGUAAUUGCAUUCACUCCCGCUCCGAUACCGUUUGUGCCUGAGGUCCCCAUACCAUCUGCGACAACACCAGUGACGCCCAGCCGGUCAGCAGCGACGCAGCAUCAUUCGUCACACAGUGCUUCCAUCUUCCCGGAGUCGGGGCCGCUCAGCAUGGAUGUGUCGAGUAUAAUUACCCAGCGACUUAGUGCCAUCCGUCGACUACAGACAAAUCCCACCGACUGCGAGGCCAUCAAAAUGAUGCACAACGCACAGCGGGACAUGUCCUCGUGGGCCUCCUCGAAGCAUCUGCCUGGCCAAUUCACUGGCAGCACGGGCGCCCAUGUGAUGAAGGCCCAUGAGCUGAAUAGCGGACCGCAGCUGUGGGUACGUCGGGAUCAGCUGACCUCCACCAAGCCGGUGACGGGCGGCAUGGGCAUGGCACUGUUGCAGAAAAUGGGCUGGAAGCCCGGCGAAGGACUGGGACGGUGCAAGACGGGGUCCCUGCAGCCGCUGCUGCUGGAUGUGAAACUGGACAAACGCGGACUGGUGUCGCGCGAGGAUAUCAAACUGCAGCCCCCGCGCCCAGCGGCUGGGCAGCGUAAAAACAAGGAUAGGGGCUGCGGCGGCGUCGGUGGCGGCCCUUCUGGCCAAGGGGUGGCACCCAUGGUAGUAACGGUGGACAAGCAUCCCGUGUGUGUGCUGAAUGAGCUGACAUCGAAGAACCGGUGGACGCCGCCGCAGUAUAUCCUGCAGCAGGAAUCAGGCCCGUCGCACAUACGCAGUUUCCUCUUCUCCGUGGAGAUCAAUGGGCAAUCGUACACGCCCGACCGGCCGUGCAACAACAAGAAGGAGGCCAAGCUGAACGCGGCCAAAUUGUGCUUGGAAAGUUUGGGCAUCUUGCAGCCCAGUUAGGGGCGUAAUCUAUGAUGUUAAGGAUAAGGAAAAAGUCAGGAUAUAUUCUGUAAAGUUUACAUGUAAAUACGUAUAAAAUUAGUUUUAAAUCUGAACCGUAA